AGGACGCAGGGUUUUUCCGGUGUAUAAUGGGAUUUUAUGCCACAGGACAGAGCGUGUUAGAGUGGAACAUAGUCACUAUUUUAAAGGACAAAUGUUUUUAUUUUAAUACCACAGAUUGACGUUCAUAAAGCGAUGUUGGGCUGUUGCUCGUGUAAACUCGGAGCAGUAGCGUCCUGUAUGGCUGUCAAGCGCUCCUUCGACUGAGAAAACAAUGCAGGCCUGAUAGCUCAUGUUAGCAUCUUCUACUCUCAAAGCUGCUCCACUGGACCGCCGCAGUGAGGACUUGAAAGCCUUGGGCGAAGCCGUUUUCUGACUGCGCAACCACACACCACUCGCUAUGACCUCACAGCUGCAAGUCUUCUCGCCUCCCUCCAUCUCCUCCAGUGCCUUUUGCCGUGUUAAGAAGCUAAAGGUGGAGAACAACGUUUGGGAUGUGUCCACUACCGAAGCGUACAACUCCAUCGCGGGCCAGUCGGCGUAUACCUUUACCCCAGCCAUGGCCGUCCCACCCUUCGCACCAUCCCUGGUCUUCCCCUCAACAGCGCCCGGAUCUCGGGGCCAAGUGGUGGUUCGGGCAGCUGACAGCACCGGUAGUCUUCCGCGGGGUUCCAGUCGGCGUGUCACUGAGCACGCGACAUCCUCUUCUUACGCUCACGUCGAGGCGGCCUCGGAAACAAGAGGGCAUCGGCACGGGCAAAAGAGAAAGAUGGAGGAGACCAAUGAGGGCAGCGGGAGCGGCUGUGGCAGCGUGCAAAUUCUGGAGGAGCUUUCUGCGCCAGCCGCAACGUUUUCCACUCGCACGGGCGGCGGAGGAGGCGGCACCGGCCAGUCCAUACCUCACUCGGCCCCGACCACCAAAAGCAGUAGCUCCAAUGGCGAAGGCGACUAUCAGCUGGUGCAGCACGAGAUCCUCUGCUCCGUGUCCUGCAGUUACGAAGUUUUGGAGUUCUUGGGGAGGGGCACCUUUGGCCAAGUGGCCAAGUGCUGGAAGAGGGGUACCAAUGAGAUUGUGGCAAUUAAGAUUCUUAAGAACCAUCCUUCCUAUGCUCGCCAGGGACAAAUUGAGGUGGGCAUCCUGAACAGACUGAGUGCGGAGAAUGCAGACGAGUACAACUUUGUGCGCUCCUAUGAGUGCUUCCAGCACAAGGGUCAUACGUGCUUGGUGUUUGAGAUGCUCGAACAGAACCUGUAUGACUUUCUCAAGCACAGCAAGUUCAGCCCGCUGCCUCUUCGGCACAUUAGACCAAUUCUACAACAGGUGGCGACGGCACUGAUGAAGCUCAAGAGCUUGGGACUGAUUCAUGCUGACCUAAAGCCUGAGAAUAUCAUGCUGGUAGACCCCCUCAGGCAGCCGUACAGGGUAAAGGUCAUUGACUUUGGUUCUGCAAGCCACGUUUCCAAGGCUGUGUGCUCUACAUACUUGCAGUCCCGCUACUACAGGGCCCCUGAGAUCAUUUUAGGUCUGCCGUUCUGCGAGGCUAUUGACAUGUGGUCUCUGGGCUGUGUGAUUGCUGAGCUCUUUUUGGGUUGGCCUCUCUACCCCGGAGCCUCUGAGUACGAUCAGAUCCGCUACAUUUCUCAGACUCAAGGCCUGCCAGCUGAGUACCUACUGAGUGCAGGCACAAAAACCAGCCGCUUUUUCAACCGAGGACCGGACUCUAGCUACCCACUUUGGAGGCUUAAGACACCAUCAGAACACGAAAUGGAGAUGGGCAUCAAAUCUAAGGAAGCUAGAAAAUACAUCUUCAACUGUUUGGAUGACAUGAUGCAGGUCAACCUUUCAUCUCAUUUGGAGGGUACAGACAUGCUGGCUGAGAAAGCAGAUAGACGCGAGUUCAUAGAUCUCCUGAAGAGGAUGCUGCGCCUGGACGCUGACAAGAGGAUCACGCCUACAAAGACACUGGGUCACCCUUUUGUCACAAUGAGCCACCUCAUGGAUUAUCCACACAGCUCUCACGUGAAGUCGUGCUUCCAGAACAUGGAGAUCUGCAAACGCCGGAGCACCUACGACAGCAACAAAUCCCUCUACUCUGCCAACGCAGUCCCCAGUGCUGCGGCAGGAAACCUGACUGUUACCUUCAGUAGCCAGCUCAACCAGCAUAACCAGGUGCCUUCUGCAGGGGGAGCGGUGCCUUUACUAAAUUAUCAGCCAGCGUUGUACCAGCAGGCAACCAUCAACAUUCCCGGUCUGACUCAACAAAGUGUUCCUAUUCCAACGCGUCCUGCCGGCCUGUGUAGCCAGGCAGAACCCUUCCAGCAGACUCUGAUUGUUUGCCCACCUUCAACCAUUCAAGGGCUGCAGUCCUCAAGCAAGAGCUCCAGCUUCCCCGUGAGGAUGGAUAACUCGGUUCCUAUCGUACCUCAGAACCAGCCUGCCCAGUCCUUGCAGCUCCAGCCCAGCAUGCUCACGCAGGGUUCCUGUACACCGCUGAUGGUGGCCACGCUGCACCCACCCGCGUCAGGCAUAGCCUCCCAGUAUUCUCUACCAGUGGGGCUAGGUACUGGGGUGGGCCGGCCCACCCUGUUGGAGCACACAGCCACAGUGCUGCAGGCCUGGCCCACUGGAACCCAACAAAUCCUCAUCCCGUCAUCAUGGCAGCAGGUCCCGGGCGUAGCCAUCCACAGCGCUGCGCACCAGGCAAAUAUUGCAGAGUCACCACGAGACUCCCACCACACCGACGCCACUGCCCAGCAGGGACACAAUUGGAGGAGCACAGCACAAACCAAAACUCAGCAGGAGAGGAAGAAGGUCAAAGCCAGGCGAGGAGAGAACAGAAAUAGGGGUGCAGCCACUACCUCGUUGCUUAGCACCAAUGCUGUGACGUCGUCUAGCCUCAUGGCCACGUUGUCGCAGCCCAUCGUCAUCUCUGACACGCCCAGCCCGGCAGUCAGCAUCAUAACUAUCCACAGCGACACCGACACUGAGGAUGAGCGCAAGUUUCACCCUGCCAGCGUUACGUUGGGCCAGCGCACCAACGUUAUCAGCUGUGUGACCGUGCAUGACUCUGAUUCGUCGACUGCCAGCCCCCUGACCCCGCGUCCCCGCACGCUAAACGCAGCCAACACCGUUUCCUCUCGCCAGGCCACGUCUCUGGCCGUGGUGGCGCCUUCAGUCAAAAUUCAGGCGCCUGAGAGAGGAGCAACUUCACGUAGCCGCCCAGAAACUGUGAACUACAUGAAACCCAAGAGAAUGUCUCAUCAGCAGCCAAGUAGUUCGGGGGAGAACCUGGAGCGACACGGACUGAUGCUGAGCCAGUCACGCCCCUUAAACCUCAGCCAGGUGCAGCCCCUGGUGUCUUCAUCUCAGGAGCGCACGGGGGCAUCCCACAGUCGGCAGCAGACCUUCCCCGCGGUCGCCUCUGCUCCACACUACAACUUCCCCGAGGUGUCGGCCUUGGCCUCCGUCUCGGCCGCCGGGCCCGGCCUGUACACCUACCCGGCCUCCACCGCCCUCUCGUCCGCCUCUCAGGUCAUGGAGCAGCUGCUGGGCCGUGGCCACGGAGGCCACGCCGGGCACGGAGGCCACGGACACUCGGGACACUCCCCCUCCGCCUAUGCAGCCACAUACACCUCUUCUUCCUCGUCCUCCAGGAGAGACUCGGCCGGCCGCAAGGAGUCGGUCAGCAGCCUGCUGCACGGCCUGCCGGCGGUCUACCAGCAGCAGUUCGCCGCGGCCUCCCCUUAUGUUAGUGUGACGCCGCGGGCGGAGGCAUACGGCGCCUACCAGCUGAGCCCCAGACGCCUCGCGCAGUACCCUUACCUAUAA